UCUGCUUGUUUAAACUAUAUGUUUUCUUUUUCUGGACAUCUUAAUUGGUUCAUGUUUAAGCUACGGUGUGAACUUAAUUAAUUUGUGUUGGGAAAACAUGGUGAAACCAAACAUUUCCAUACAGUCUACCAAGUGUACCAAGUAUACUUUCAGUAUCAUUGAUAUAUGUAUCUGAAAUGAGCUGAUUGUUCAGCGUCUCCUCUUAUCUUCGCCCAUAUCUUGUCUUGAAUGAGCUCCGCGUUACUCAUUGCGCACUUGUUGUGUGGCAUCUGGAGAAUCCUGCCCGAGGGCGUAUUGCUGAAACCUGCCUCACAAUCUGCUUUUGUUUUUUAUAGUCGAGUUUCAGGUACUAAAUCGUCGCCUGUUGAUCGUUCAGAGGCUGAAAAUCAGACUGGAGUUGACUCGACUGAAGGAGAAGGGCGAUAUUGAACAGGAAUAAUGUGAGCAGGAAACGCGAACUGAUUUUCUUCACUUGCUGUUUGACCUCAGCUGUAAAUCUCCAGUUUUACUGCCGUCAGGGGCUGUGCUGACAGCCUUAUCUCGUGUCACACAAGUCCAAGGGUUUUUCAUUUCUUCUAUCGAUCACAGUAUGGAUGUAUAACUCUUCAGCUCAUUCCCAAAAUGCUGAAAUGAACUGGAUUUACGCACUUCAUCUCUAGCUGCUUAUAUACUGGAUUGAUGAACAACUUUCGCGAUGGGAGACGUCAGAGAGCGGAUUAUAACGUGCUGUCAGAGCGUUUUCCAGUGUUUUAGAGACCCGGACACUAGCCCCUCACCGGACACCGGGAAGAGGCACAUUGAGGUGAUUACAAAUGAGUUCGCGAAGCCGCAGAACCGAGAGCUGCCGCCGACGCCGGUGCUCUAUGUGGCGCUUUAUGACUACACCGCGCGCACGGACGACGAUUUGAGCUUUAAUGCCGGGGAUAAACUGGAGCCCAUCACCAAAGGAGAGGACUGGUGGUUCUCCAAGGCAAUAACCGGCAUCUCCGCCAACAAAAAGGGCUACAUUCCGGCGAACUAUGUGGCGCCCGUGGAGAGCCUGGAUGCUGAACCAUGGUAUUUUCCAGAAACAAAGCGCUCGGAUGCCGAGAAGAUGUUGAUUUCUCAAGAGAACAAGAAGGGAGCUUUUCUAAUCAGGAACUGUGAAAGUCAGCCCGGGGAGCUGUCACUCUCAGUGCGGGACGAUGUAAAAGUCAAGCAUUACAAGAUCAGAAAGCUGGAUAAUGGCGGAUACUACUUGUCAACGGCACGUAAUUUUCCCACGCUGAGGGAACUGGUGGAGCACUACUCCAAACACGAAGAUGGCCUCUGCGUCCGUCUGGCAGAACCCUGUAAAAAAUCAGUGGCUCCAGAGACGCAUGGUCUAUCCUAUAACACUGUGGAUCAAUGGGAGAUCGAGCGUUCCUCUGUGAAGCUCCUGAAGCAGCUGGGAGCAGGGCAGUUUGGCGAGGUGUUUGAAGGCUUAUGGAAUGACACCACACCGGUCGCUGUCAAAACACUCAAACCAGGAAAUAUGGACCCCAAAGACUUCCUACGGGAAGCUCAGAUCAUGAAGAAGCUCCGUCACUCCAAACUCAUCCAGUUGUAUGCGGUCUGCACUCUGGAGGAGCCCAUAUACAUCAUCACAGAGCUCAUGAGCAACGGAAGUCUACUGGAGUAUCUGCAGAAUGACCGAGGUGCAACCCUCCGCAUGUCUGAUCAGAUUGACAUGGGAGCCCAGGUGGCCUCAGGCAUGGCUUACCUGGAACUGCAGAACUACAUCCACAGGGAUCUCGCGGCUCGCAAUGUUCUAGUGGGGGAUAACAAUGUGUGUAAGGUGGCGGACUUCGGCCUGGCACGAGUAUUUCAGAUGGACAAUGAGGAUAAUGUUUACGAGGCCAAAGAAGGAACCAAGUUUCCGGUGAAAUGGACUGCUCCCGAGGCCAUCAACGAGAACAAGUUCACCAUCAAAUCUGACGUCUGGUCUUUUGGAAUCCUACUGUAUGAAAUUGUGACGUUUGGACAGACGCCUUACCCAACCAUGACCAACUUUCAGGUGGUGCAGCAGCUGCCCAAAGGCUACCGGAUGUCCUCUCCUCCAAACUGCCACAAAUGUUUGUAUGACAUCAUGCUGGAUUGCUGGAAGGACGUCCCCGCGGACAGACCCACCUUCGAAACGCUGCAGUGGAAACUGGAGGACUUCUUCGAUAUGGACAUCACCUCUUACGAUGACGCAAACCGCUUCGCCAAAUAAAAACAGCGUGAUUAACUGCAGAUGAGCCCUGUGAGGACAUUUUAGUGUGACGCAAACCUAGUGCUAUAAUGUAUAUAAUAUACUCAGUGUAUUUAACAUUGAGCGUUGACUUAUGUAAAAAACUGUAUUAGUUAAAGCUGAAUCAUCUAAUCGAUUGAAUGUGAAAAUACUUCUGGCAUCUGAGCCGAUAGCCUAGUGUUUACACCUGGUCAUUUAAAGGGGAGCUAUUUUGCAAAAAUGUGUGUCAUGUGUGUCAGCAGUGUGUGAAUAUAUCCAGCACCUAAUGGUAAACAUAUGUUAACAGUGUUUGUUUAUAAUCAGACUUGACUAAAUCAGUCUGCAGAAACACUUUGAUUGACAUUCUCCGUUUGUACGUGUCAUCAGAGGGGGAAAGCCCCGCCCACUAGUCACCAUCUCUCCCUCAUUAGCAUAGGACACUUGUUUUUGAAUCUGCUACAAUGCUGAAACACAAGCAUUUGUAGCUCCGCCCUCUUCUGAAAAGAGCACAAUCUCAUUUGCAUUUAAAGCAACAGUCACCAAAACAAAACAACCACGUGACAGAGAUGUUGGUUUUGUUAUUUAUAUAUGUAUAUACACAGUUGGGUCCAUAAAUAUUGGUAAAUCGACACAAUUCUGACAUUUUUGGCUCGAUACACCAACACAAUGGAUUUGAAAUUAAGUGCAGACUGUCAGCUUUAAUUUGAGGGUAUUUACAUUCAAAUCAGGUGAACGCUGUAGGAAUUACAACAGUUUGCAUAUGUGCCUCCCACUUGUUAAGGGACCAAAAGUAAUUGGACAGAAUAAUAAUCAUAAAAUAAACGUUCACUAUUUUAAUACUUGGUUGCAAAUCCUUUGCAGUCAAUUACUUUGAAGUCUGGAACGCAGAGACAUCAGCAGAUGCUGGGUUCAUCCCUGCCAGGCGUCUACUGUGACUCUCUUCAGUUCCAGCGUGUUCUUGGGGCAUUUUCCCUUAUAAAUAUUUAUGAUGAUAUUCAAUUAAAUUAGAAUGUUGGAUUAAUAUGAAAUGGCAGCAUUAAAAACAGAGGCAUCACACACCUGUAGCCUAGAAAAAGAAACCAUUUCAUUUGUUUUUGGGGAGUAGGUUAGUGAGCCUUAUUGUCUUGCACAUGUCGGAAAACGCUAGAUGUUUCUUUCAGCCUGUAAUGAUGGUAAUCGUGCGCAAGUGUGCUUGUGACGAUGUUUGUGAAGCACAAAUCCUCCAGUAGCCUACAUAAAGUACAUAAAAAUUUAAAUAAAAUACACACUAUCUGAUGCAUAACCUAGUCAAAUUUGCUUAUAGUGUGCGAUUUGAGACCAGAAUCAUAUCCGUUUAGUGGAGACGCAUUCAUGUGGGCAAAUGUACAGGGUUCUCAUAAACCAGAUAGCUAUAAAGUGACUUUUAUCAUCUCAAGAGCACCAAAUUUGGUGAAAAUCAGACCAAUGGUCUAGGAGGAGUUCAAAACCAAAUCAAAAUUGCGGAUUGGAAAUUUAGCAAAUUAUGGAAAAUUUGAUAUCAAUGUAUGUGGAAUUAUCCAAGGAAUAUAUCAACACCGGAUGUUUCCCAGAGAUGGGUUGCAGCUGGAAGGGCAUCCACUGCGUAAAACAUAUGCUGGAUAAGUUAGCGGUUCAUUCUGCAACAUAUCAGCAAAACUAGCCGCUUUUCCAACACAAUCUCACAGCAAUUCGUAACUUUUUGAUUUAGUGGCUAAUUCGUAUGAAUUCGUACGAUCUAAUUCGUACAAUUUAGUACGAUUUGCUCAUCACCCAAUGAUGGUUGGGGUUAGGGGUGGGGUUAGGUGCCACGCCUCCUUUUUAAAAUCGUACCAUUUCGUACGACUGAACUCGUACGAAUUCGUACGAAUUAGCCACUAAACUGGCAAAACGUAAAAUACUUACGUUUUCUCGUGAGAUCAGGCUGGCUUUUCAUAUCACCUGACCACUAGGUGGCACUGUGACGAAACUGUUCAAACUAUUUAAAAUAUAAAAAACUAAACCGUGUGAUUUUUUUAUAUUUGGUGUCAAUUUAAAUCGAGAAACGCAUGAAGUGACCAGGUGUAAACUGGACCAAUGAGCCUGCACUUUUAGUGAUGCAAAUUUAAGUUUUACGAGUUUCAGAGUCUCAGACGGGGACUUGUCGGACUUAUCAACUUCUCUCUCCCACUUCACUUCCAGAAUCUAUACUGUCUUGUCUGUCAAUAGAGCCAAAAAAAGAGAGAGGAAAAUAAACUUUCAUCUCAGAUCAACAGGUAAUGUGCGAGAAUAACACUGGAUUAAUAAUCAGUAGCAUUAGCAUGUGUUGGACAGUAGUGGGAUGAACAUUGCUCAGGAACUCUCGAUUACAGCUCUGCUUGUCGUUGACAAUUCAGAAAUCCAGCUUUAGAUCAAAUAAAUGGGCCAAAACGGCUCAUUUUGGUGUCUGUAUUAAGUUAAAUUUACAGAAGUGAUUUUAUAUGCAUAUAAAGCUUAAAGUGCCUACUGUUUCAAAUGACUUUAGUAGAAAUCAAAUGUAAAAGUAUUGGGGGAACUGAUGUCCUCAUUCAGCGACGUGUGUUUAUAAAUGUAUAUUAAAAUGAAAUGUAUU